AAACCGAUUUCUGGCAUUACAGCUAGUAAAAUGAUGCUGUAUUGGGACAUACAAAAUAUGUUUGUGCCAUACAAAAUAUAGUAGCCUAUGGGUAUUGGGAUUCACCCUACUUUGCCACACAAUACCAGCCUUUUGCCUAUGUUUAGAAGCUAGCAAGCUACGUACUCACGUGUCUACGGAACGCCCCCGGCCACGGUACUAUUAGUUGCACACAGUGGCGCGGGGUAAGGCUGACAUUAGCCAAGCUAAACUAGCCAUUGAAGCUAAAGUGGAGGCAGUUGGCUAGGCCCUCCGAGGGAAACGGAUUUCACUCGACAAGGCGUGUUUGUGUGAAGGACAUUGCUCGCUAGAUAGGUAUCUUGGUAUAUAGUUCCGAAAUGACAUCGGGGGGCGAAAAGACCGAUCUGGUAGACAGUGAACAAGAUGAAGAAAACGUCUACGAAGUGGAGAGGAUUAUUGACGUGCGAACUGAGGAGGGGGAAGUCUUGUACCGCGUACGAUGGAAGAACUACGCCUCGGACGAUGACACCUGGGAGCCGGAGGCUCACCUGGACGACUGCAGAGAGGUGUUACUGGCCUAUAAGCGUGCCCUGGCGGAGGCGGAGGCCAAGAAAGGCAUUAAGCUGCCCAUGAAGAGUGACGUAUUUGACGCAGACUCGAGUGAGAGCGACAAGGAGCGGCCGACAGAGACGCCCACGAAGAAGAAGAAGAAGAGAAGGCCACUGGACGAGGAGGUGGAAGACGAGGAGGCGUCUUCAAAGGAAAAGAGGAAGAAGAAGAAAGAAAAGAGAAAGGAGGAUAUCCGACCUCGACCGGCGCCCGAGUCUGACGAAGAGGACGAGCAAGCGCCCUCCCUUCCAGCGCCCUCGGCCCACAAGGACAAACCAACUGACGGCAAGAAGAGACUGGUGGACUCUGAGGACGAGGAUGAGGUGCCCGUUCCCUCCAAGAAACACCGGAAAAGCAAGACCAAAGAGGGAGGGAAGCACAGGAAGGAGAGAUCAGAGGAGGGCAGGCAGAGAAAGGGAGGUAAGAAGGAGCGGAGGCAUCAGGUGGAGACUUCAGAGGAAGAGGGCACUGCCCCCCUGGAGGAGGAUUUGAGCGAUGAGCCCUCCGAAUCCCAGACAGACGACCCCACCCGGAAGUCAUCCGAGAGAGGGCGUGCGGACGACAUGCCCAAGAAGAAGACGGGCAAGUCUGAGUUGAAGCUGCAGGGCAUCAAGGACUUCCUCCACGACAAGAGGAGCAAGAAACCGGACACGCCCUCUCCCACACUCUCCCAGAGGGAGAACAAGCUCAAGAUCCUUUCCUCCUCUAGGAGCAGGGAUGAGGCUGUGCCUCUGUCGUCUGACUCCAGCGACAGCUCCUCGCUCCACAAGAAAGCCAAGAGCAAGGGCGCGGAGAGCGCCACUGUCCCACCCAAAGUCCCCUCCUCGUCCUCCUCCACCUCCUCCUCCUCCUCCAUCGCAGCAGCCAGCACUAGCAAGGCCAGGGAGGAGGAGCCUCGAGAGGACGCCCCCAAGGAGAAAGAGCAGUCUGCCUCCACCAAUCUGUUUGAGAAGUUCCUGCUAAACUGUGAGGCCAAAGACCGCGUUCCUCGCAGACAGGCGGUUCACCAGCCCUCCCCAGCUGAGGCAGGCAAAGCACCAAAGCUGAUUGGAAAGAUUGAGAAGAAGGCCAAGUCAGCGAAGGAGUCUCCAGCCCGUAGAUCAGAGGAGAAGACAGAGAAACCCAGGCACACAGAGGAUGAUAAAAUGGAUGUCGAAGCAGAUACUCUGGGAGACAGGCGAGGAGAAGUGCCUGUGAUGAGGUUAAAGGUCUGCGAGGAUUCUCGCGAGCGGAGAGAAAGGCAGGAGGAAGGGCCGAGGGGAGGAGAGCGCUGGGAGAGGAGGAACCCUUCCUUCGAGGCAGCGGACAAGAGAAAGAAGAGGGAGGACAGCGAGCCAAGGCUCUUUAUCGCUUGUGAUGACAAUCAGGAUCCUCAGGAUUCCCUGGAGAGCGCAGACAAAUCUGACAAGGCUCCAGCCACGCUAAGUCUGGGGAUGGACCUUAAUCUGGACUGGAUGACACUGGAUGAAUUUCAAAAACAUUUGAAUGGAGAAGAUGAGAUUCUCUCAGCCCCUCCACUAUCACCUAGUGAGCUGCGGGAUGCUGUGAAAAGUGGGGAUUACAUGUCGGUCAAACUUGCACUCAAUUCCAAGGAGGACUACAAUUUGGACCAGGAGGCGUGUACUGUUGAGAAGAAGAGUUUAAUUGAUGAAGAGAGGGAUUUGAUCGAGAAAGAAAAAAGUUCAAAAGAUACGAAGAAUUCCACAGAUCAAGAAAAAGACUUAAAUGCUGGCGACAAGCACUCCAACAAGGAAGUAGAAAAUAAUUCCAGUGGCAAAUUGAGAUUAAGAGAAGAAGUAAAGAGCUCCAGUGACCAAUUAAACAGUUCGAGUGAUGAGGAAGUGAACUCUGGCAAAGAAGAGCAAGAUUCCACUGGCAGGUUAAGUUCUAGCAGCAUAGUGAGAUCAGAAGGAAGAAUAGAUGAUCCCAGUAAGCAAUCCAAGUCAAGUGAUAAAGUGAGGAACUCCAGUGUGGAGGAAAACAACUGCAAUGAAGAAGACAUCAGUUCCUCUGCAAGACUAAGAUCCAGUGAGAGGUUGAGAUCAAGACCCAAGAAGAAUUGCUAUGAAAAAUCAAAUAGUUCAAGUGAUGAGGAAGAGAACAGCUCAAGCAGUGAUUCUGAAUGGUUGGAUUCUACAGUCGCAAGUGAAUCUGAUCAUAUCUCAUCUGAUGAAGGCCUUUCCUCCGAUAACGGAUUAAACAAUACCGCAAAAAUAUUGUCAGUGUUGAGAAAUGGGAAAAAACGCGAAGACUCGAAAACGGCAAGCUCUGAAGUGACUAUCAUACCAUUGAGCAAAAAGGUUAAUGGUAAACGAAAAUGGGAUAAAAAACACUACUGUUUGUAUUGCAAAGCACCUCACACUAAGAUAGGUAGACACUUACAAACCAAACAUGCAGGAGAAAUGGCUGUUGCCCAUGCUAUACACUUCCCCAAAGGCUCAUCAAUCAGGAAAGAUUUGUUUAGCCAACUUCGCAAUACAGGGGACUAUCAUCACAAUUACGAAGUUCUCCGACGUGGAAAUGGGGAACUGGUAACAAAGAAAAGGACGAGCCGCCCAACGUCUGUGCGUGACUUUCUUCCUUGCCAAUUCUGUUGUGCUUUUUUCCGCAAAAGUGAGUUGUGGCGACAUGAGCGCGUAUGUAAAUUCAGAAAAGUCGAUGCGGAGCCGAAGAGGAGAACAAAAACCCGUGUCCAGUCGAUGUCGUCUCGACUUCUUCCAUUAGCCUAUGCCACAGGAGGCUGUGAAGAAAUCAUACAUAAGAUGAACCAGGAUGAGAUUGCAGUGCACAUCAGAAACGAUCCCUUGAUUUGCAAAUAUGGCAACGCGUUAUCGGCUCGACAUGAUCAUGACAAAUCACAGUAUGCUUACAUUGCACAGAAAAUGAGGGAAUUGGCCAGAUUUAUGCUGGCGGUAAAUGAAGUUGACAAGAGUGUUAAAUAUCUGCAUGAAAUCUGUCUGCCAUCUAAAUUUGAGUUGGCGGUUGAAGGUGCCAAGAAAGUUAGUGGUUUUGAUGAAAUGUCUAACAAGUUUAAAACCACAACCCUUGUUUCAAAAAUUGGCUAUUCUUUGAAAAGAGCUGCGGAAAUAGCUUUUGGAGAGAGUCGCAUGACGGAGGAUAGUGAGACGGAAUGUCAAGUCAGGGAGUUCAUUAAACUUCUCGAUAUGGAGUGGAGUAAUCUGUUUUCUCGUAGUGUCCUGAGCUCUCUUCGCCGGGCAGAACGGAAAGAACUUGAUGCUUCGUCACUGACCACAGACUUGAUUAAACUCCACAAAUUUCUUAAAAAAUCAGCUGAUGAAUCCAAAAAAGAGCUACUUGAAACCCCCAGCCCGUUGGCCUGGAAGAAACUGUGUGAAACUCUCCUCACAGAAGUGUUCCUCUUUAACAAGAGCAGAGGGGGGGAUGCAGGAAAGCUUCUUCUGGAGACCUAUGCAAGCAGGAAAUGCAAAAGAACUCCAGUUACUGCAGAUGUAUUAAACAGGCUGACGAAGAUGGAGGUGUUCCUUGGUGACUCUCUGACAAGGAUGGAGUUGGAAGGAAAUGGGGGUAGGAAAAUGCCACUCCUACUCAGUGAAGAGAUGGUUUUGUCUAUUGAUAUCCUAACUGAGAAUCGUGAGAAGGCCGGGGUGCCUGAAGACAACCCCUAUGUCUUUGGACGAAGGGAAGCCUUGUCCAACACCCGUGGGCAUGAUUGUCUCAGAAGGGCUUUACAACAAUGUGACGUGACAAACGCAGAUAUCUUUUCUUCCGGCAAACUAAGGAAACUGAUUGCAUCCCAUUGUCAGCUGUUGAAUCUCAAUGAUCGUGAACUCGAUCGAGUGUCACAGUUGUUUGGACGGGAACACCUAGACUGCUACAGGCUGGCAGAAAACCCAUCCCUACUGGCGGAACUCAGCCAGCUUGCUGUCAGUCUGGAUCAGAACUCGGAUCUGGAUUCCAACAAAGACCACACCUGUGUGGUGUUUCCUGUUUGUGCACAAACUCACAAGAAGCGGACCUGGAGCGAUGAAGAGCAGGCGGCUGUGAAGCGCCAGCUAGCGGCCUCCAUCUCAGAGAUGACCGUCCCAGGCAAACGGGAAUGCGACGCCUGCAUCGACGCAGAGCCUGUUCUCCAGACUAGGACCUGGAAGGACAUAAAGAACUAUGUGCACAACACACUACAGACCAUAAGGAAGAAGCACUUCCAGGUCAGCGCCGACAUGGACGUCGUCAACCCGGAACUACUCCGGAGUAGACAGAAAGCGGAGAUCAGAAAGCGAAAGAGAGAGGAGGAAGGAGAUGGUGACGUUCCUGAUGCAAUGGUACACAGUAAGGUUCACACAGAGAAAACCAGGCCUGUUACAGCAGCAAAACCCAGGAAAAGGGGUUCGUGGAGUGACGAGGAACAGGCUGCGUUGAGGCGCCAGUUCAACGACUUCGUCUUCAUGAUCAAGGCCCCGGGGAAGAGUGAAUGUGAUGCAUGUAUUGCCGCUGAGCCAGCUCUUAAAGACAGGGUGUGGAAGGAAAUAAAGAACUAUGCACACAACAGACUACAGACCAGGAAGAAACAAGGCCCCGUACGCAGUCCGAUGGAGGAUGUUGGAGGACCAGACCUGGAGAGGCAGACACCUGAAGAGGAGCUGGAGGCACCCCCCACUGCUCCUGUGUACACAUUCUUGUAACUGGCUUCCUGGAACGAUUCUGGAAACAUUUGAGCGAAAGAGAGAGAACAUUACGUUAAGUACUUUGUGACCAUCCUCACACAAUUUUGAAAUAUACUUUUGUUGUGGCUUUCACAACUCCAUUUAACACUACUCUAUAGCUGCAUAUAUCCGGCAUGAAACCUUAAUUGUGAGUUUUGAAUGUGGAUUAUUCUAAAUGUCAUUGUGACCAUGCAUUAAGUGAAACUUACACCCUGAGUACUUCUGGAAGGGAUACUUGUUUGUUUAGCUAAAUAAGGAUCAUCUUCUCAUUAUAUCAGACUGUACUAUCCACAUAAAGAAGACAAAAGUUGGAAGCCAACCCAAUAUGACACAUUUAGAAAAAUAUUGAUGUAUGCAUUCAAGUUAUAUUUGUAUAUUUUCACCAAAUGGGUAGACGAUGCAGACGUGUAAAAAGUUUGUAAUGUCAUAGUAAUGUCUGCACUGCUGUACCUGUAGCCCUCAUAUUUACUUUGAUUUAGUUGAAUCAAUGAGAAAAUACUGACCAACAGGCCUGGGAAUUCAGGUAAUUUCAUGAAGUCACUGUUAGUGGCUCCGUAUACAGUAUUUUAGAUCAGUUUUCAGGCUUCUAUUAGUGUUAACAAUUUUCACCAAGUUUGUUUGAUAUUACACCUCUGUUAAAUAAAUAAAAUUUCUAGUUAAUGACAUUAAUACAUAUGUUACAUCGCUCUGGAUGGAGACCCUUUGAACGGUAUCAAGUUAUCAAAAGUAUAGAUAUAAUGUGCAUUUCAAAUCUUCAGUUGCAACUUUGUAUAUUUUUAUUUUUAUAGCAAUUGUUUUAAAUGAUCUAAGCCAAGCAUAUAAUGUUCAAGUUUUCACAUGGAGGUUUCCACUGAUUCUUGUAAAAGGAUCACCAUGGUUGAAUGUUUUAGUGGAAAAUGUGUGUGUUUAUGGUAGAGGGCCCCUAUAGUACCCACAGUUACGCAUUUACAAGCAUGUCUGUGCCAAAUAGCAAGGAGAAGAGUCCCUACAGUUAGAAUCUAAACGGAGGACACAUCACAUGGCUCAUUCUUUUCCAAUAUCGCUACUUUUUCUAAAUUGUUCUUCUCAUUUCCCCCCAUAUUACAACCUCUGUAGUAGAAGCAGGCACACGUGGCGCAGACUGACUGACUGACAUACAGUGCCCUCCAAAAGUAUUGGAACAGUGAGGCGAAUUCCUUUAUUUUUGCU